GAAAACCGAAAAGCUUGUGGUGCGUCUUUCGCGGAAAAAAUCAAGUCGUGUUAUUUCGCAAAAAUCCUGUGAAAAUCCCAAAGAAAUCGAAUCGAAAUUAUCAAACAUCUGCAGAGGGACCCGCACUUCUUCGAAAAUGAGUGAAGCAACUCCGGACGAUAUGUGGACUCCGUUCAAGCACCUCUUCAACAGCAUCGAAUCGUUCCUGGCGGCGUCCGGGAGUGGAGGUGGUCAACAGCAGGAACAGAAUGUGGCCAGUUUGGAUGCGCUGCUGCGGAAGCACAAGCAGAAUUUCACAACACUGUUGAGGAAUCCGCCGAAGAAUGGGAAGAGCCGCGAGGCGAUUCGGGUGGGAAUUACGGAGGGGAUUACGUUGCCCGAGUUUGGACACACGAUCCUGUCGAAGGAUCUGGUGGAUGAGAGCGUGAUCAUUUCCGAUAUGUACGACUUGAAUGAGUACAUUGCGUUGGAGUUGCUUUGCACGGCGCAGCAGCAGAUGCCGAAUCAUCCGGGAUUGCCGCGGGGGUUGGUGGCGGUUUUGCUGUAUUACGACGGCCGGAAGUCGCUGGUGGCGAGUUUGAAGGAACUGUUUCAGGCGCGGUCGGGAGUCAGUUGGUGCACGGAUGCACCACACGAGAUAACGCAGCUGAUUACGGCCUACACGGACGGAUUGGUGGCCGAUGGAGUGCUGGACAAGAUUGUGGAUUUGCUGGGGGAGUUGGACGUGACCAAGGAGCUGGAUGUGCUGACGACGAAUAGGGCCCUUGGGCCGCCGAAGCAUCACCGGCAGGUGUUGGAUCUGUUCGAGGAGAUUCGGGUGCUGUUGGCGACCUGUUUGUUCAAUUGGGCCGCGCAGUGCGGAUUGCCGAGGGGGACGACGGUGAAGCUGAUCCGGUAUCUGGCCAAGUACAAGUCGACGGUGUCGAGUGGAGGGAUCGAUAAUGUGACACUGGCCCUGCAGAUGGCGUUGAUGUAUGGACUAGACAUGAGCGUGAUUCAGCGGAGGGAGGAUGGUGAGGAAGUUGUGAAGCGACUUCCGAUGGUUAAAGAUCCGGAAUUCAUCGAAACGGUGAUGGAUGCAAUUUCGUCGAGCUGGGAAUGCGAGGGAUUGCGGUCGGUGUCGCUUUUCACGUUUGGAUUGGCCAUUGCCACGCUGAGAUUGGCUCCGCAGAAUUUGUACUCUAAUACGGCGAAGAUUAUCGAUCAGGAUGAGUUGCUGGUGGACGCAGCCAUUCAGGGAAGGGUCUUCGAUUUCAUUCAUUACACCUUGCUGGAGAACGAGGUGAUCUUCCGGACGGAAUUCUACUACCGGAGGAUGCACGUCUUGUUCACGGACUUCAUCGAGCUGAUGCACUCGAAGGUGACGGAACUGAGGGCUCGAGCGGACGAAACGGCAAGAACCGUCCAGGCCUUCCAGCAGCAAGGAUUGGAUCCCCCUGCCAAUCUGUGCCGGAAUUUUGAGGCUCUGCUCCUCUCCGUUGGAAAGCUCUAUCAGAACGACCAAAUGCGGCUAAAUCUGUCACUGGAAUACUGGGGACCGAUGGAAGUGGCCGCCAACUAUCAGCGGGCUUCCUCCCGGUCGGUUUGUCUCUUCAAAUUCAUCCGUCUGGCGGGAGAACUGCUGCCUCCAAUCCUAUUCAUUCCAUACCUAAAGAUGCUCGCCGGAUUAUCGAGCUGUCCUCAAUCCGCCCGGAAUGCCUUCAACUUGUUGAAGCAAGGCGGCGGAGCAUCCGGAUCGAUGGCCACCAUCUCCUGGGACCAUUUCUUCAACUCUUUGUUCCGCUACUAUCAAAAUCUCCGCCAGGAGCAAAACCCUGGAAGCGAAACCGUCUACCGAAACCGAGCCCUCAGCCGCAACAUCAAUCCGCAGGAAAUCGCCGGUCUCCAAGCGGUCCUUCAGGUGAUUCGAGCCGUGGCCACACACGACGAAGUGGCCCGAGUAGCUCUCUGCGAACACCCCAACUGGGCUCCCCUUCAUGUCCUUCUCGGACUGAUCAGCUGCUCGGUCCCCAUCUCCUUGAAAGCAGAACUCGUGCAGACCCUGGCCGCCCUCGGCAAGAGUAAAGAAACGGCCCUACAACUCUGGAACAAUCUAGAAGCCUCCCAGGUCAUCACCACGAUCCCAACGACCAGCACCUUCGCCAAUCGUGGCAUCGAAUCCGAGCUGGAAGAAAUCGAAUCCCGCAACGAAACCUACCCCCUGACCCUCGGAAUGCUCGACCUCCUGUACACCCUCUGCGAAACGGCCAUCCCUCGAGGCCUCGGUGCCGGCCCUCGCAAACCCGGCCUGGACCCCUACGUCACCUUCAUCAUCGACGCCGUCUUCCUCCGGUUCUUCAACCGCAACUACAAGAACCCCACCGAAAAGUGGCAAAUCGCCGAGAAGUGUCUCCGCUUGCUGAACGCCUUCGUCCAGCGCUACACUCCCACCCCCGCUGACUUCCCCUCCCCGACCCAGAACCGCGAGGAAAACUCCCCGCCCGGAUUCCACAUCCUGCUCCAAAUCAACACCAAGUCGGAUUUCCUCCGUCUCCUCCUGCACAUCAUCGACGAAGCCUGCACCCUCUUCGAUUCCUACACGCCCUUCCCCGGUCGCAAACACCUCGAGACCACCUGCCUCUUCGCCCUCCAAAUACUUGAACGCGCCCUCGAAACUCAAGAGGACUUCUUCAACGCCCACUUCUCCGCCAACUGCUCCAUCCUCCUGGCCGGGGCCAACAAGCUCCUCCUCGGAAUGAACCCCCGCAGCGGCAAGGCGGACCACAUGCUCAACAUCGUCCGUUUCGUUACCUACAGCUCCUGGCUCCCGGAGAACGCCCUCGUCUCCAUCCGCAUCCUGACGGCCAUCAUGCGCCAGCCGAACGUCAACCAGCAGAUACUCGGUCUGCUCACACAGUCCGAGCGAAUCCGGAACGAGAUCCGCCAGGGCUUCGUCGAAUGCCUCGAAAGCGAGUCGGUGACAUUCGCCUCCACUUCCCAAACUUCCACGGAUCCUUCCAGCGACGGAAACGACCCCGAUCAGGACGUGGAGGAUUACGCGACGGCGGCGGACGCUGCCUCCGCGGUUAGCGUCGAGCUCCAGAUCAAGGUAGCCAUCGUUGGGUUGCUGCAGGAGUGUUUGCCGCAGCAGAGUACGCCCAAUCUGGCGCACUAUCUGCUAGGGUUCGAGCUGAACAAGGAACUACGGCUGACCAAUCUGCAGCAGCCGGGCGUGAUGAACUUUCCGAGCAACUGCGCCAAGUCGCUGAUUACGCUGCUGGAUAAUGCGCUGGAGAACUCCAAAUCCGGCAAGCACUCGGCCACCGCCCAGGAGCGCCUCAUCGAGCACGCCUACGCCCUCCUCUACUCGCUAUGCUAUAACAGCCGCACCUCGGAGGUCAUCCUACGCUUCCUGCGCUCGUGCAACGACUUCCUCUGCCGGCACAUCAAUGGACUCCCAUUCGCCAACGUCAAGAGCCCGCACGUGUUGAACCAGAUGACCGGCCUGCUCAAAUGCGUUGCCAUCGAACUGAAACUGACAUCGGACAAAAGCCAGGUUUCGCAGUUCGGAAACGUGUGCAAGAUCCUGCUGGGCGUGGUCCAGAAUCAACCGAGCGAGACACUGCCGCUGGAACUGUCACACCACUACAGCACCGUCAACUCCAGCAUGCUGAUGAGUUCCGUGACCGGGAUGGAACCGGGUGCGACGGUGUCGCGGAAGGCCCCGGAGUCGGCGAAGUUGCUGCUGUGUCAGUUGCUGGACUGUCUGAACUUUGAGAUCAAGUCGCUGGAUAAGCCCAAGUGGGACUACUUCGACAACUCGUUGCUGCAGAGUCUGCUGCAGGAUUGUGAGAUUGCGGUUCCUGGGUCGGCGCUGAAGCUGAUCGACAUCAAGCGGCUGCAUGAUGUGUUGAAGGAUGAGCUGAAUUCGGUGCAGACGACGAUCGCCGCCGGACAAAGGGCGCACAUUUUGGCGGAGAUCGAGACGAUCUUGAUGUACGCGUUGCAGCUGAACAGCCAGAGGAAUUUGUGUGCGUCGACGGUGAAGUUCCUGGAGGCCUGGGGACAAGUGACGGAGGUGCUGUUCAGCGUAACUCCCACGAUGUUCGUUUCGUUGGACGUCAAGCAGGGACUGCUGGUGGAGAUUGUGCAGGCGGUUCUCAGCAAGGUGGUGCCCAAUCAGGUCAUGCCGGAGCUGGCGAAUUUGGCGUCCUCGACGAUUUUGCUGUUGAUGGUGAACCUGAGGCAUUGCUAUUCGUUGAAGAAUGGAGGGGACGGUGCGGCAUCCGGGUUGAACGAGAGCACCCUGAUGACGUCGUUUGGAGGCAGCUUCGCUCAGAAUGGCGUUGGGCAAGGAGCGGGUCGGUUCUCGCCGAAGGCCAACACGUUGAGUUUGAGGUACAUCUUGCAGAACAUUUUGGAGUGGAUCUUGAUCAGCGGUGUGGGGUCCCAGAAACUGAGGAUCAAUUUGUACGCGGCGCUGCUGAAUUAUAUGCACAUUGUAAAGGGUAAUCGCGACAAGAGCGAGCAGAAUACGGAGUCGGUUCGGGACGAAUUCUACGUUUCCCGCUUGGAUAAGAGUUUGGCCGCUGGAAGGACUCAUGAAGUUGGGGGAGACGAAUCGCAUGCCCAGAUCGAGAUGGUGGUGGAGAUUGUACAAUCGUUCGGCGACAAGUUGAUCGAUAUCCUGUGCCAUGAUUGCACCGGAGGGUUGGACAUCUGCAAAAUGUUGGCCUUGUCCUGCAUUGACAUGCUCCUGGAUAUGGACUCGAUGGCCAACGUGAUUCAGUUCAUAUCCAAACGUGGAUACUUGUCGCACUUGAUCGAUAGUCUGCUUAAGAACGAUGGGAAAUUGUGCAGAAUUUUGGAUAAUCAACCGGAGAACAUGAAGGCCUUGUACGUCUAUGAAUCAAAAAUGGCCAUGUUGAGUCGUAUCGGAAGUUCACACAUCGGAGCGGAGCUUCUCUUGGAAGAGAGAGCUCUCAGUGUGCUGGCCGGAAUGAAGGUCUUCGAUCUACAUCCAGAUUUCCAGGUCCAGAACUACUCUCCCCUUUAUCCAACAUCAUCGAGCUUCAUCCCUCCGAUCGAAGCCCGCUACCAACAGAUCCUGUUCCCAGCGUUGAACCUCUGUGAUGUAAUUCUGUCCACGUUAGGUCAAGAGAAUCACUCGGCCGUCACCCAGGUCAUCAACUUCUUGCUAUCCCACGGAGACAUGAUCGAGAUCGUUCUGCGCGCAGGAACUCCGUUCCUUAACAUCGGCCUCCUUCGGGAGCUCGCCGGCAUCACCGGAUUGAUCGCUCGUGCCGCCAACCAGGAAAUAUCCAGCUUGAUCACUCCGAACGCCAACCAAGACAUCGGCGCACAUCUCUACCGCCUGCAGAAGCUCAUGCUGACCCUUUUCCCUCGCUUCACCCUCUCCGAUCAAACCCUGAAAGAACUGAACCAGAACAUCCUCACCAACUGCAGCGAGCGGGAAAAGGCCGCCCACCUGAAGUACUUCCUGCAGAUCGCCGCCAAUUUGGCACUGUACGCCCGGAACAGCAUCUCCAACCACUCGGUCGAUCACCGAACGAUCAACGUGCUGUUCUCACCACAGAUCAGCGAAAGUGUCCACCACCGACAGGUCACCGGAGCAGCCCUGGAGACGAGUCACAGCCUGAACAUCGUGGUCAUACAGCUCAAGACCUCGGUCGAGUACUUCAACCGGGAGAAGCUGUCGUACGAGAGUUUGGUCCGCCAGCGGAACUCGUUGCCCAGUCUCAGCUUGGAUGCUAAUGUUCAAAUUCAACACAACAACCUCACGGAGCGGAUAGCCGAUAAGCAGGAGGAGCUGAAGCGUUGCGUAUUCAUAACCGAACACUGUCUGUACCUUCUGUGGGCCCACUUGGACUUCUUCAUGUUGCGUGCGAUCCCGGUCAACACGUUGCACUUCAAUCUUUCCUACGGAGCAGACAACUACCUCUCGUCCCAGACGGAAGUCGGCUGGAAGAUCACCGCCGACGACGUGGCCGCCCUCAAGAAGACCCUCAUCGCCAUCUUCAACGAGACGUUCUGCAAGCAGCUGCUGGCUACCGGGCAGCAGGGAUCGGACGCCCGCGCCUCGGACAAGGGCUUCAUCGAGGCGCUGCUGCGGCGAAUCAAGCGACUGAUCCAGUUCGUGCCGGUCAAGUGAGAAAUGGCGGGUUCGGAUCCGAGAUCACUAGCUAAGAGAUAAGAGUCUUAUUAGUAUUUUUUCCGUUCAUUAAUUGUUUUCGUUUUCGUAACUGCCGCAACUGUUGCGUUAUAUUCUGCAUUUAUUACUACUGCUGCUACACUACAUGAUGUAACUAUAUCCUUGACCGAUUAUAGUGUUUCACAAUCGAC